AAACCUUGUUUGAAAAUUGAAACAUAGUCUAUAUUUUAUCGUAAAGGGAUUGUAGCUUGUAUUUUGGGGGGACGAUGCACCAUGUUGCAUUGUUGACAACAUGACUGACGCAGAUUUCUGUUCAUUUGAGAAAGCGCUCUUCCCUCGUUCACAUCACGGGCCAUAGACCAGUGCCCCGCAGUUCAGCAUAAUCGAAUCCGCCCAAUGUUGCUCGCAAUUGGCACACGGCCUUUUGCCCCAUUGAAGCGCGCGCAUUGUUUUUGUGACGUGAUCACAUCAGUCGUCUAUAGGUCCGUCGAAGAAAGUUUCUGGUUAGAAAUGUGGCUUGGUUAGUAUAUUUCCAAGAAAUAGCUAGGCUACGUACAGUAAUUCCCUUGAUCGCGGGUGAUCAACUUCGAAGAAAGAAAACACUUUGGAAUGUAUCGUCAGCAUGCAAAGUCUUUGACCCCAGGUGUGAAGCAGCUAGCUGACCUAGCUGAACACUAGGUGGGCCUACGUUUUGGGGAAAAUGCACUCCAGCGUUGAGGUGCCCCCAAACCUCCAUGUUGCCAGCAACCACAACAACAGUCCCGGAAACUCGGGUUCCCAGUAUGCCUUGUGUGCCCUGGGGGUGGGACUGGUGGCCCUGGGCAUUGUCAUGAUCGUGUGGAGUGUGGUGCCCUCCGACAUGGCCGGGAACAACAGCAGUGGCAAUGGAGGAGGGAACCCGAAACCGGACACUAGGGGUAGGACUUCAUCGGUGGCCUUUGUACUGGUCGGGGCUGGAGUGGCCAUGCUCCUGCUGUCCCUGUGCCUGGGGAUGAGGAACAAGCAGCGGGAGCAGCAGGUGCUCCUAGAGGCCCAGACUCUGGGGGCAGGCAACGAAGCUGCCAGUGAGGACGACGGAGAGGCGGCAGAGGAGCGAUCCCAGAGGUACACUGUGCCCAGCUACGAGGAGGUGGUAGGCAGCGGCGAGUACCCCAUACGCCAGAGCAACUUGCGCCACAGCUCCUCCCAGCUGCCCUCCUACGACGACCUGGUGGACGGUGUGCAGAUUGAGCUGGAAGGGUCAGAUGUCACCCAGACGUCACCCGCUUCCGCUAACCCUGCCUCCUCUGCUGUGCCUAACCGCCGCCCUGGGCGAACAGGCCUCAAGCUCCUUCCCCUUAAGAUCCGGAGGAUUAAAUCGGAGAAGCUCUUUAUGAAUAACACGGAUAACUCUCAGCCAUCAGGAGGGAUCUCUAUUGAGCCGCUCACUCCGCCACCAAUGUAUGAGGACAAAGCACCCCAGCUCUGAGACUUGGCACCUUCUAGGUUUCAAAGCAGGUUACUGAAGCCGCUGCGUCCCACUAGGCGUGGAUUGGUUGUGCAGUGCUACUAUAGAUGUGAUCAGAUGGCCCUUGUCAUGCAUCUGUGGUUAAAUCAUCUCAAUGGCCCUUGUCAUGCCUACCUGGCUGAGGACUUUUCUUUAGACCUGCAACUCAAGGGCAGUGAGCACUUCCAUAUGUGAGGCACUGGCAUUUGAGUAGAUCUUUGGGGCAACUCUAAUGUUGCUGGACAGAGGGAACACUUGGACAGAGAGUACAUCCAAUUUCUGACUAUGAUUACAAGGACAUUGAAGCUUACAAGGACAUUGAAGCUCGGUUCAAAGGAUCAAUAUUUUUGGGGGAAAUACUCGGUGUGUCUUUGAUGCCUUUUAUUCCUUUACAACGAGUACUUACUCUGGUCCAAAUCUCCUUUUGUAUGCAGUUGACCAUAUUUUAUUUUCGUCUGUCUGAUAUAUUAUUUCAAGUUCCGUCUUCAUCCUCAGUCCAGUCAGCCACGUGUUAUAGAUGUAUUAUUCAUGUCUGUGUUUUUGUAUUCUGUACAGCUACUUAGACAGCUGCUCCUCACAUUUUGGGAGAAGUGCUAUUUGGCGACUGAAUCAAUGGCCGCCUUGCUCAGACAGACAGUGUUUGUGUGUUGCUGCCUGUGUUGCUCGUCAAUAGAGGACAAUUGCGAGAGACCGAGGCUCAUGGGUAGUUAGAAGCCUUUACCCUGUAGCCAUGGUGAAAUGGGGUUGGGCUCUGAAGGCAGUAGUGUAGUCCAGCUCUUUUCCUUGACUUUUUUUUUUUUUUUUUUGCUCAAUAGAGGAGAACACAAGGGGGACUUUCUCUGAGCAGCUGGGAUAAUGGCACCCAUUGCUCACUCACUCAUCACUCUUGAACUAUUCUUCACUAGCUCCUUGACUGGCAGCACUUUCAUUAGGAGUAUUCAGAGAAUGAACUUCUGGUGUCCAUGGUUUGACCCCAUUUUGUUUAGUGGAGCGAAAAUACAUCAGUACCUAUCUCUCUAGCCUGUUUGUUUUAUGCUUAUGAGAGUAUGGAAAUUAGCGAGUCCAUGAAGUUUUGGGAAGUUAAGAAUGUUAUUUUCUUAUCAUACGGAUGCUAUUUUCUGAUGUCAUGUUGAUGAACCUGUUCAACAACUAUUCACUACUUUUUAGAUGGGAACACAAACUGUACACAACAGUAGCCUUUUUUGUGUAAGUGAACACUUAAUAAACUAGCAAAUGUAUACCUAUGCACACAGAACAAGAAUAGGCUUUUUUAAUUAGAAUUGAAUUGUUGAAUUACUAUGCUAAACAAAAAUAUAAAUGUAAAGUGUUGGUCCCAUGUUUCAUGACCUGAAACACAAGAUCCCAGAAAUGUUCCAU